UCACGGUUCGGGCGGUGCGUAAGAGACUCCGCGGCCCAGGGCACACUUGGCUUUGAGAACUCGAGUCGGUGCAUCUGUUCUUCAGCGUGUCCGUCUCUUGCACACGCAGUCAUGGCCUCUGGAAACGCGCACAUUGGAAAGCCCGCCCCUGACUUCACAGCCACCGCGGUGGUGGAUGGUGCCUUCAAGGAGGUCAAGCUCUCUGACUACAGAGGGAAGUACGUGGUCCUCUUUUUCUACCCACUGGACUUCACUUUUGUGUGCCCCACGGAGAUCAUCGCUUUCAGCGAACAUGCUGAGGACUUCCGCAAGCUGGGCUGCGAGGUGCUGGGUGUCUCUGUCGACUCUCAGUUCACCCACUUGGCUUGGAUCAACACCCCGCGGAAGGAGGGAGGCUUGGGCCCCCUGAACAUCCCCCUGCUUGCUGACGUGACCAGAAGCUUGUCCCAUAAUUAUGGCGUGCUGAAAAGCGAUGAGGGCAUUGCCUACAGGGGCCUCUUCAUCAUUGAUGGCAAGGGAGUCCUUCGCCAGAUCACUGUUAAUGAUUUGCCUGUGGGUCGCUCUGUGGAUGAGGCUUUGCGGCUGGUCCAGGCCUUCCAAUACACAGAUGAGCAUGGGGAAGUUUGCCCCGCUGGCUGGAAGCCUGGCAGUGACACAAUCAAGCCCAACGUGGAUGACAGCAAGGAAUAUUUUUCCAAGCACAACUAGGCUGACAAACAGGCAGUGAGCCUGUGUCCUUGGAUUCCAUCUGUGCCCCUACCUGGGUCUCUGUGCUGACCCAAGAAAGGCAGGACCUGCCCCUUCCAAACUCCAUGGUAGGGGGAGGGCUGGUAAACUAGGCCAAGGCUUUCCACUUUCUCAUCCCCUACAUGGGAUCUGGUUAAUAGUGACCCCUUUCUAUCCAACUGGGUACAGGUGUAUAGGUGACCAAUAAAGCGUUAGGAACAGAUA